AUGAUACCGCCAUCCAUGACCGAAUCGAUAGGAAUUAUGAUGAAUCAACAAAUGAAUGAAAAUGUCACAUCUAUUGUCACUGAUUCAGCAACAGUAACAUCUGUUGAAUCAACAGCUGUUGCAUCGGCUGCUGCUGAAAGGAUUGUAUUACAAAAAAAUGGUCAUCGAUCUAAUGAUAGAAAUAUUGAAAAUGAAUUAAAAUUGGCACGAAAAUCACAAUCGAAACGGAAAUCUGAAAUGAUGAUUAAUCAAUAUCAUCGUCAUCAUCCAUCGAAAAUGAUGAAUAAAUUAGAACAAUGUUGUUGCAAUAAUCUACAGAUAUUCAAAUAUAUUCUCAUUAUAUUAGCGAUAAUUGGAUCAUUAUUCGGUUCGAUUUUGUUGACCAUAGCCGGUGAUCCACCAUAUAAUCAAGGCGCCAUUUAUCAAUAUAGUGAUCUGAUGCGUUUGAUUGUCGGCAUGCAUCAAAAUCUAUUGGAUUUGCAAUCAAUGAAACGAAUGAACGACCAUAAUAAUGCAAAACAAUCAACACCGACAACAGCAGCAGCAUUUGUUCCAUCAUCAAUGAUGAUUGAAAAACGUGAUACACGUACAAAAUUGAAUGAAAUAUUUCAUUUCGAACUUUUACAUGAUUUAGCUAGAUCUGGACAAGAAAAUCUCAAACGAUUUAAUGAGAAUCAAUUCGGUAGAUUUCUACAGCAAUGGCUUCCAAUGAAACAUACAGAUUUUCAAUCACAGAAUCCAAUAUUGGAUGAUGCAAAUUUUUAUUGGAAUAAUUAUUCCACGUUUCAAAUUGCAUUCAUUACAUUAUUAUUAUUAUCCAAUUCACUGCUGUUAUUGACGUGGAUAUUUUUUAAAAUAUUGAAAAAUUUUCAAAAAUCUCGUUAUAAACAAAAUCGAAUCGUCGAUGAUAAUAAUCGUCAAACACAUGUAAAACAUCGUAUGGUAUUGAUUACGUUGUUGUUUCAGCUUGCUUUGAUCAUCAUUCUGUUAUGUCGACCAAAUAUUUUCGUCAUUGUUCUACAUCAGGUUAGUUUUUUGUUAUUAUCAAUGGGUUGUUUAGCAAGCACAUCGAUUUCGUGUUCAUCAUCAAUGGUGAAAUCGAAAUCAGCCAUUGAUGGUUGUGGAAUGACAAUUGAUGAAAAAUCGCCAUCGAUUAACAGUGGUGGUAGUGGUAUAAAAUCGAUGGUAAAAUUCCAACCGUUUCCAGUGGAACAACCCAGAUACCAGAUGUAUCAGUACAAUCACCAUCGAUGGGGAAAAUACCGUCAUCGAAACAUAAAAAACAUCGACGACAACGAUCACCGCCAUCGCGACCAGUACAAUCACCAUUGAAUGAACGUCGUGUGAAAAAUGAAACAAUCAUCGGUUCUAAUCUUCAAAAUCACGAUGAUAAAUAUCCGGAUGAUAAAAAUCCAUUUGAAAUUUCGAUGAAAAUCCGAUAAAAAUUGUUAAAAUAAAAAAUCCAAUAGAAAAAUUAGAAAUUCAAAGUCCAAUCAAUGAUAUAUCGAUACCCGAAACGAGCGCUGUAUCGAUUCCGAAUUUCAAUGUGGAAAAUGUAGAAUUUCCUAAAAUCAGUUUAAUCAAAAAUUCUGAUAAUGUUACCACCAUUGACACUGGAACAUUUGAUUCUUCAUCCACAAAGAAUCCGAUUGAAUCACCCACAUUGAAAGAUCUACUUGAGGUAAAAUUGCCAAAAAUGGAUCAGAUUAACAUAUCGCUGCCUAAUAUUUCAGCCACAAAUCCCAUUAUUGACAUUUCAUCAUCAUCAUCAUUGGGCCAAUCUAAUCCAAUCGAUGAUAAUUCAAUUGAAAUAAAAUCUCCGAAAAUAAAACCAUUGAAUAUUUCAUCAUCAUCAGAUGAUAAAAAUCCUGAUAUGACAAUUAUAUCGAUAAAAAAUCCCUUUGAUGAUGAUCAUGGUGAUCAUGAUGAUCGAAACCACCACCACCACCACCAACAU